AUGAAGUUCUUCAUCCCCACUGUUCUGCUUGCUGCCACUGCUAUGGCUAUGCCAUCCGCUCCGCUUGGCGGCAACAAGCUUGAGAACGCUGUCAACCAGUGUGGCAACGGUGCGAAGAUGUCCUGCUGCAACAAGAUUAACAAGAACGAGGGCGUCACCCAGAACAACGUCGGGGUCUUGUCCAACGUUCUCGGUGCCAUUGGCAGCGAUGGCCUCGGCAUCGGCCAGGGUUGCACUCAGCUUGAUAUCCCCGUGUCUGUUCUUGGCGCUGCCGGCCUGACCGACUUCCUCAAGAAGAACUGCCAGCAAAAUGUUGCCUGUUGCCAGGACACCAGCUCCGAGGCUAAUGGUAACCUUGUUGGUGUUGCUCUACCCUGUGUCAGCUUCGGCGGUCUUCUGUAA